AUGUGGCUGUUUUGGGGAGUGGCCUGCUUAGUCCAACAGGCUGUGAUGUCUGAAGAAUUCAUAAGGGGAAAACAUUUGAAUCCUCAAGAAUUCAUGGAAAUUCCUGAAAUCAUCCAGUAUUGGGGAUAUCCCAGUGAAGAGUAUACAGUCCUGACAGAGGAUGGCUAUUACCUGCAGGCAAACAGAAUUCCACAUGGAAUAAACGGUUCUGGAAUAAAGACAGGGCCUAGGCCAGUUGCGUUAUUGGUAGUUGACCUUUUUUUGGAAGGUAGGAGCUGGAUUGCAAAUCUUCCUAGCAAUAGUCUGGGAUUUGUCCUAGCAGAUGCCGGUUAUGAUGUCUGGAUACUAAACAACAGGGGGACCACCUGGUCUAGAAGACACAAGCACUUCUCAGUAGACCAAAAAGAAUUUUGGAAUUUCAGUUUUCAUGAAACGGCAAUUUAUGAUAUUCCAGCAGCCAUUAACUUUAUUCUGCAGAAGACUAAGGAAAAAAGCUUGUAUUAUAUUGGUCAUUCCCAGGGAUGUACAUUGGGUUUAAUUGCCUUUUCUACCAUGCCGCAGCUUGCUAAGAAAGUGAAACUCUCCCUGUGUUUUGCUCCUCCCUAUGUAUUGGUAGGCACCAAAGGGCCAUUUUCAUUUCUUCUACGCUGGCCUGAUGCAUUGUUAAGACUUAUAUUUGGAAAUAAAGAAAUAUGCCUUCUCAGUAACGAACUAAAAGCUAUCAAGGCGAAGAUAUGCAGCAAUCCAUUGAUUGACAGACUUUGUCUCGAAGUCCUUUCCUUACUUCAAGGACACAAUGAGAAAAACCUAAAUGUGAGUCGAGCAGAUGUGUAUACUGGAAUUUUCCCCGAUUAUUCUUCUGUAAAAACAUUCGUACAUUGGGGUCAGGUUGCUAAAUCAAACCAAUUUAAAUAUUUUGAUUAUGGACCAAAGAACGGGGCUAUCUACAACAUGAGUUCACCCCCAUUUUAUAAAUUAGAGGAUUCUAUUGUGCCAACAGCUGUGUGGAGUGGUGGACAUGACAAUAUUGCAAGCACAAGAAAUGUUGAACUGUUGCUCCCUCGAAUCACCAAUUUAGUGUUCCACAGGCAUAUUCCUGAUUGGGCACAUGUGGAUUUUGUCUGGGGUCUUGAUGCACCAAAGAGGUUGUAUAAGGAUGUGCUUUGUCUGAUGCAAAAGUACAAAUAA